UUGUCAGUGGAGUGUGCGCGUCAUGGCGGGCGGCGCGGGGCUCGAGUCGCCUUCCGCUUGGCCUCGGAAAGUUUCGGUUCGACCGGACGGGGGACCCGCGACCUCGUCCAGCAUGGAGUCUGAGCACCACUGACUGGCGGCCUCUUUCCAGACGCACCGAGCAGGAGGGCUGGCUGGGCAUGCGCCAUGGCUUCCUCCGGCGCCGAGAGCCAGUUGCAGAGGAUCAUCCGCGAUCUCCAAGAUGCGGUGACCGAACUGAGCAGCGAAUUCAAGGAAGUGGGAGAGCCCAUCACCGAUGACAGCACCAGCUUGCACAAGUUUUCCUACAAGCUCGAGUAUCUCCUGCAAUUCGACCAGAAGGAGAAGGCCAGCCUCUUGGGGCACAAGAAAGACUAUUGGGACUACUUCUGUGCCUGCCUGGCCAAAGUGAAAGGGGCCAAUGACGGGAUCCGCUUCGUCAAGUCCAUCUCGGAGCUCCGGACGUCUCUGGGGAGAGGAAGAGCCUUCAUCCGCUACUCGCUGGUGCACCAGAGGCUGGCAGAUACCUUACAGCAGUGCUUCAUGAACACUAAAGUGACCAGUGACUGGUACUAUGCACGAAGCCCUUUUCUGAAGCCCAAGCUGAGCUCCGACAUUGUGGGUCAACUCUAUGAACUGACCGAGGUUCAGUUUGACCUGGCCUCCAGAGGCUACGACUUAGAUGCUGCCUGGCCGACGUUUGCCAGGAGGACACUGGCCACUAGCUCUUCUGCUUAUAUGUGGAAACCCCCGAGCCGAAGCUCCAGCAUGAGCAGUUUGCUGAGCAACUACUUGCAGACUCAGGAUAUGGCUUCCAGCUUGGACCUCAGCAGCCAGGUAAACAACGAGGCGCUGGAGGGCUUUGACGAGAUGCGGCUGGAGCUGGAGCAGCUGGAGGUGCGGGAGAAGCAGCUUCAGCAGCGCCUGGAGCAGCUGGAGCGGGAGAACCAGGAGCUGCGGGCCGCCCUGGGGGCGCAGGUGGAGGCGGACCACGAGGGGGUCCCCUGGGCGGGCCUGGCGGCCGAGCUCCAGCGGCAGCGGACGGUCACGCAGGCCACGCAGGCCACCAUGCAGGAGCUGCUGCGCUGUCUGCAGCCCCUGGAGGAGGAGGGAGACGGCGGCUCUGCGCGCGAGCGGGGGGAGGCCCUGCUCCAACCCCUGGCGCGGGAGCUGCGGGCGACGCGGGACGCGCUGGGCCAGAAGAGCCAGCUGCUGGCGCAGCUCGCAGACCGGCUGGCCAGCGCCGAGAACAGCUCAGCGGCCGCCCCGGACUCGGCCCUGCAGAUCCAGGAGCUGCAAGGCAAGCUCCAGCUCGUGGAAGGCGAGAACGCCGCGAUGCGGGCGUCGCUGGUGCGCCUGCGCUCGGUGGAGGCCGAGCUGGCGGCGGCCAGGGCGCAGGCGCAGCAGCAGCGCCCGGAGAAGGAGCAGCUGGAGCGAGAGGCCCGGGCUCUGGAGACGCAGCUGGCGCAGGCGAGCAUGCGCGCGAGCAACCAGGAGCCACAGCAGCCGCAGCGGAUCCGGGACGAGGCGCAGCUCAGCCAGAAGGUGGACCUGGGUCCCCAGCAGGCCCCGGAGGAGGGACAGGGCCGGGAUGCGGAGGAGGAGCAGCUCCGGCGGGCCAAUGGAGAGCUGAGGCGCGAGCUGCAGAGCAUGGCCGGGCGCAACCAGCUCCUGGAGGGCAAGCUGCAGGCCCUGCAGGCCGACUACCAGACGCUGCAGCAGCGCGAGGCGGCCAUCCAGGGCUCCCUGGCCUCGCUGGAGGCCGAGCAGGCCAGCAUCCGCCACCUGGGCGACCAGAUGGAGGCCAGCCUCCUGGCGGUGCGGAAGGCCAAGGAGGCCAUGAAGGCGCAGGUGGCGGAGAAGGAGGCGGCCCUGCAGAGCAAGGAGCAGGAAUGCGAUCGCUUGCGCCAGGAGGCCCUGAAAUGGCGGCAGCUGGCCGAGUCCCGGGACGGGGAGCGCAAGGCCCUGGAGAAUCAGUGCCAGCAGCAGAGCCAGCUGAUCGAGACCCUCAGCAGCCAGAAAGGCCCCGAGGAGCUGCCCCGGGGCGACAGCGUCCAGCUGGCCAUGCUGUCUCAGGCCCAGCUGGAGGUCCACCAAGGGGAGGCCCGGCGGCUGCAGGCCGAGGUGGGCGACCUGCACGCCAAGCUGCGGGUGGCCCUGGGCGAGCGCGACAAGGCGCAGAGCCAGCUGAUGGUGACGGAGGCCACCCUGCAGGAGCACAAGGCCCUGGUGCAGCAGCUGAAGGAGCAGAACGAGGCGCUGAACCGGGCCCACGUGCAGGAGCUGCUGCACUGCUCCGAGGCCCAAGGGGGCCGGCAGGAGGAGCAGGCGGCCGCGGCCCUGCAGGCCGAGCUGCUGCGCGUGGCGGGCGGCUCCGAGGACGCGCAGCUGGCGCACGUGGAGCUGCAGGAGCAGCUGCGCCGGGCCAACACCGACACGGCCGAGCUGGGCAUCCAGGUGUGCGCGCUGACGGCAGAGAAGGAGCGGGUGGAGGGCGCGCUGGCCUGCACCGCCCAGGAGCUGCAGGACUGCAAAGAGGCAGCGGCCAGGACGAGGGCCAGCCUGGAAAGCCAGGUCGUGGGCCUCCAGCAAGAGAACGAGAGUCUGCAGGAGCAGCUCAAGAGGGCCGAGGAGGCAGCCGGCUCCCUGGCUGGCCUGCAGGUCCAGCUGGCUCAAGCCGAGCAGCAGGCCCAGAGCCUGCAGGAGGCCGCACGCCAGGAGCGGGACGCCCUCAAGUUCCAGCUGAGCACCGAGAUCAUGGAUUACCAAAGCCAGCUGAAGACGGCCAACCAAGAGGGCGAGAGCCUCAGGGCACAGCUGGACGAGCGGGGCCAGCAGCUGCAGGCGGCCCGGGAGGCCGUGGACGAGUUGAAGGCUUCGCAAGCAGCCAUGGAGGAGAAGCUGAGCUGCACCAGCAGCCGCCUAGCCGAGUGCCAGGCCUGCGCGCUGCAGAAGGAGCAGGAGGCGGCCGCCCUGCACGAGCAGCUAGACCGAACACAGAAGGAGCUGACCAAAGCCUCAGCAAAAAUCCAAGAGUAUUACACCAAACUCUGCCAAGAGGUGACCGACCGGGAGAGGAACGACCAGAAGCUGCUCGCCGACCUGGACGACCUGAACCGAACGAAGAAGUACCUGGAGGAGAGGCUCAUAGAGCUGCUCAGGGACAAGGACGCGCUGUGGCAGAAGUCGGACGCCCUGGAGUUCCAGCAGAAGCUCAGCGCCGAGGAGCGGUGCGUGGGGGACGCGGAGGCGACCCACUGCCACGACUGCAGGCGCGAGUUCGGCUGGAUGGUGCGCCGCCACCACUGCAGGAUCUGCGGGCGCGCCUUCUGUUACUACUGCUGCAACAACUACGUGCUGCCCAAGCCCGGUGGCAGGAAGGAGCGCUGCUGCCGAGCCUGCUUCCAGAAGUGCGGCGACGGGCCCAGCUCCCCCGGCAGCGCCGGCUCCGGCGCGAGCCAGGGCGAGGCCAGCCCCGCGCGCUCCCCCGCGCAGACCGCGCCGCCGGCCACCCAGGGCCCAGGGGCCGCGGCUGACUGCAGGUCCCCGGACGACGCGGUGUUCGACAUCAUCACGGACGAGGAGCUGUGUCAGAUCCAGGAGUCGGGCUCCUCCCUGCCCGAAACUCCCACUGAAACCGAGUCUCCCGACCCAGGCGUGGCUGAACAAGACCCCCCGUCCAGUUCGCUGACGCCCGACGACAGCAAGGACGAGCCCGGGGGCCAGGACGCCGAGAUCUGCCUGCUCAAGUCCGGGGAGCUCAUGCUGCGGCUGGCGCUGUCGGUGGAGGAGAUCGCGCGCUUCGGCGAGGCGCGGCGCGAGCUGUUCGUGCGCUCGAGCUGCUACAGCCUGCUGCUCAUCCGCGUGCCCGAGCCCGGCCUCACCAUCGGCUGGGUCUUCUCCUCCGACCCCAAGAGCAUCUCCUUCAGCGUGGUCUUCCGCCAGGCCGAGGACACGCCGCUCGACCAGUGCAAGGUGCUCAUCCCCACCACGCGCUGCAACUCGCACCGCGAGAACAUCCGCGGGCAGCUCAAGGCGCGCACGCGCGGCCUCUACAUGCUCAUCUUCGACAACACCUUCUCCAGGUUCGUCUCCAAAAAGGUGUUCUACCGCCUGACGGUGGAGCGGCCCGUCAUCUACGACGGCAGCGACGGGCCCUAGGCCGCCCGGGCCGCGCGCCCAGCUCCGGGCCGCGGGCCACGUGGGAGAGAGGCGGAGGGAGGCGCCCCGCCCCCGCCCGGGCGCCGCGAGAUCGAUUCCCCCCCCCUCACACGUGCGCGCAUGCGCCGAGGCACUUUGU